GGGUGGGGGUGGGGAGGAUGAAGGGCGGGGGAGACACUAGUGACUUGGGGAGGGGCAAUCACGGCUGGAGAUAAAGACCCUGAAUUUGACCCGAGUCUAGCACUGCCUCAGCUCCCCUGAGCCUUUCCUUCCUCUGCUUUGUUCUCCCUGGGCUCACUCUCCUACCUCCCUCUUCUUUGCCUCACCAGCCCCUCUCCAUGGCUCCCAAGAAGCCUGACCCAAAGAAGGAUGAGGCAAAGGCUGCCCCCAAGGCAGCAGCCCCAGCUCCAGCUCCAGCUCCAGCUCCAGCUCCUCAGCCUGAGCCCCGCAAGGAAGUCGAGUUUGAUGCCUCCAAGAUCAAAAUUGAGUUCACUCCAGAGCAGAUAGAAGAGUUCAAAGAAGCCUUCUCUCUAUUCGAUCGGACCCCCAAGAUGGAGAUGAAGAUCACAUAUGGGCAGUGUGGGGAUGUGAUGAGAGCACUGGGUCAGAACCCAACCCAGGCUGAGGUUCUUCGGGUGCUGGGCAGGCCUAAGCAGGAAGAGCUCAACACCAAAAUGAUGGAUUUUGAAACCUUCUUGCCCAUGCUGCAACAUAUUGCCACCUGCAAGGACACUGGCACUUUCGAGGACUUCGUGGAGGGGCUGAGGGUCUUUGACAAGGAAGGCAAUGGAACUGUUAUGGGCGCUGAGCUGCGCCACGUGCUGGCCACCCUAGGUGAGAGACUGACUGAAGAUGAGGUGGAGAAGCUGAUGGCUGGACAGGAAGAUGCCAACGGAUGCAUCAACUAUGAAGCUUUUGUGAAGCACAUCAUGGCCAGCUGAGCUGUCAGCUCUUCAGGAAGCCCCCAUAGAGGACCUGAUGGAGGUGUUUCUUCAACCAGUCCCCUGAAGUGGUGGGGAAUGCUCAUUUGGAUGAAGGUUGGGUGGUUUGUGGUGGGAAGGCCAAGAAAGAGGAGGCUGACUUCUAUGGGAUGGAGUCCAUGGUGUGGGGUGAAGGAAGGAGAAUACAAUUCUCAAGGGGGCACUCAACUGAAAUACUUGACUGCCCUCUUUGAAAAUUGCAAUGGUCCAAUGGUAGCUUCUGUGGAGAAGGUGAAGAGUGGGGCAUUAUGGGAGGAAGGAAAGAGAUGUUUGGAUGUUUCCUAAGCAACUGGAACCAAGUGGCUUUUGCCUGUCUGUCCAUCUCACUCAUACACACACACACACACACACACACACACACACACACACACACACACAUGCCACUUUCAUUACCACAUGCAUCAUACAUUGCCUCAGGAAUAGGGGUGAAGAAGGUGGGUCAUGGUCUCUUUGGAGAGUCUAAUUUUGUGAUAUGAGGACCAUGACCCUGCCUUCCUUUCUCAUUUUCAUUUUUACAUAAUAUAUUCAAGUCCACCCCCAAGGUCUACCUUUUGGUUCCAAGUCAGGGGCCAUGGGAGGAGGGGUUAGAAUCUUCCCAAUGACCUCUUGGGGUACAGAGAAGCCUCCCCCCAGCCAGGCCACAAGGCUGGAUAGCCAAGGCUUCUGACUCCUAGCCCAGGGUUCACCCUAUAGCUUGGGGGAAGUGCUGCUGACUGUAGCAUAGCCCCUGUUUUUGUGCUCUUAGGGGUGUGUUCCUGAUGGAAGAGUCCAAGGAGCAGGGUCCUAGGGUCCUUUGCCCAUCCCUACCCCACUUCUACCUCUUGGUGCUACCUUCAUCCCCCUGGUUGCUGACACCCUCUCCCCCCUUCAUUAAAGGGCUUCCUCAUUCAUUUUA